AUGGCAAGCAAGAGGCCCAAAUACAGAGAUGUUCCACAUUGGUGUCUGUGCUGUAAAAGAAACUUCAAGGGGCAAUAUAGCAACAAACAAGGGAAGCUUACUUCAUCAGGUCUUUCACAACAUCUUAGGUCAACCGCAAAACCAGGUUUUAAGAAUGACCCCUGCUUUGCCCGGGCUUAUAGAAAUGAAGUCCUCAAGUCUGUUGAUGAGAUUGACUUUAAAGACUCCCGUGUGUUCCAAGCUAAUCACCAUGCCAAUCCCCUUCCAGUUGGGGAUUCUGUAAGCGAUAUCACUAGCCCUACUGAUAUUAUGCCAGGCUUUGAACCUGACGGUGGAUCAGAAGAAGACACUGCUGCCAUGGAAGAAGAAAAGAACAAGACAGAAAAGAAGAAGGGGUCAUUUGGAAUGCUUCGGGAAGCCACUCUGUUGGCUGAUUUUCAGGAGUUUGUUUCAAAGACUCUUUUUGCCCAUUAUUCUGCUCCAGAAAGCAAGCUUAGCAACCAACAAAUCAACAGCCAGACAUGCCCAUCUAAACUUCCACCUCAAGUAUCUCAGGAAGGGCUGAGGAAUUACAUCCACUCCCGUCUCAACGACAAUUUGGAUCCUAGUUUUCAAACAGAAGACGAUGGAGAAUCUGUCAACUUUGAGUAUGAUGAUGACCAUGAGGAGGAGGAAUCCGCAGAACUUUCCAUAGAGUCAGAAGCAAGGAACAAUCCAAAUGGGUCCUUUGUAAUGGAUCUUGAUGUAGGAUCCCAGUAUGGGGCUAACUAUCUUCCUAAUGAUAUUACAUUGCCAACUAUUAAUUUUGAAGUUGAUGAUCCACAUGCCCCCCAACCACCUCUUCACAACAUCCCCAAUCCUGAUUCUUCCAACUACCUAUUGGACCGACUGAAACAAGAAGAGUACAACCGGGAAUUCAUGCCACCAUCUAUCAGCACCCAAAUGGAAGCCGACCUUCACCUCCUUUGUCUUGCAAGGAAACACGGAUGGUCAGCCUCCUCUGUUUCUGACAUUCAAGCAUGGGUCCACAAAGGGACCAAGAAAGAGCCUAAUCUUUUUCUGUCCGACCCAACCCCCUCGCCUACUAGUCUCUUUAUCCGCCCCUUCUUGGAUUGUGUAUAUGAGCUUCUGACAAACCAAGAUGUGACGGGUCCCAACGGUGAGAAUAUCUCCUUGCCCCAUCCAACCAACCCCUUCAAGUUCAGACCAGAUCCCCAAGACAAACACAAUUUUGUCAGUGAAAUGCAUAAGGGCACCUGGUGGCGUGACGCCAUGGAAAUGAAGUGUGAUGAGGGCAAAAGGGAAAUGCUGGUGCCCAUCAUACUGUAUGGGGAUGAAAUCACCACGGACAAGCAAGGAAAGCUAACAGCCUGUCCCUUCAACUUGACACUUGGAAUAUUGGACACUGACACCCGAAAUAAAGAGCAAGCCCAUACCACAUUCUUCUACUACCCCGAUCCUACUGUGGAGCUUGCUCAUCAUAAGAAAAAAGCAACCGCACAUGACAAAAUGGUAAACCUUCAGAACAGCCUUGCAGUGGCACUGGCCGACAUCACUAAAUGGACCAACAGUGAUCAAGGACUACGUUGGAAGCUCAAGUACAAUGGAGAAGAAUUCCAGGUCAACAUGAAAUUCUCCGUUGCCUUCCUCAUUGGUGAUACUGACAUGCAUGACAAGCUUUGUGGUAAGACAGGUGGUAGCCAAACCCAUGGCAUGAAGUCUCAUUGUCGGCAUUGCAAUUGUGCAACCAAGGAUCUUGUAAGCCCCAAGGAGAAGCAUACUUGGAUCCUGUUUGAUCCCAGCAAGGUAGAUCCCACAUUGGAUGGACACACUGCUGAAUACUUUAGCAGUAUAAGCCACAGCAUUGUGAACAACGCCUUUGAUCCCAUCUGCUUUGGUGUGAAUUUCCGCAAAAUUCAUUGGGGAACUCCAGCAGAAACACUGCACAUGCAUCAAAAAGGGGGGAUGGUGCGGGUUGUAGAAUCGCUUGAAGGCCUCAUAGGCCAAGCUGGUAACAAACCCAAUGCUGGAGAAGAAGAGCAGGGUGCUGACACAGAUGAUGCUGAUCCCUCUCUUGCAGCUAAGGCCGAAUUUAAAAGGUGGGUGAAGAAAACCUUGGAAAGUCUGGACAUCAUUGGCCAUCAAUAUGGGGCCUGUCUUGGAAGGCAAUCGGAUCGCAAGAAGCCCAGGACCAAAUUCAAUAACUCAUUGUUUGACAAGACCAAGAAAUGUGGACACGAGCAGGCUGGUGUUUGUUUGUGCUUGUACCUUGCUAUGAUAUCUGACCGGGGCCGAUUUAUCAUGCUCCUGGAGCGUACCAUGUAUCCCACUUUUUACAAGGAUCAGGUGGGUGCCUUUGAGUUAGUCUUGACAAUGGAGCAAUGGCUGAAGAAGAAAAAGUACCCGGCAAGGCAUGCCCUUAACCCAGAAGGACUGGGGAAGGUCUUUGACUAUUACACUGAUUGGAUAAGGGAGACUACCUUUCGAAAAGGCAUGGGGGCUCUCUUGAUCAAGAAUCAUCUGAUGCUUCACGUCCCCCUCUACAUGUUGCACUGGGGGCCUCCUCGUGGAUGGGAUUCUGGUCCCAGUGAACGGGCUCACAAGACUGAGCAGAAGCAACCAGCACAAAGAACCCAAAGACGGCAGCACAGCUUUGUCAAACAAUUGACUGCAAGGUACAGCGAAAUGAGACUGAUAGCCCUUGCAGCUCGUUUCUUCAUGAGGAGCCCCCAGAGAAUGAAUCUAAAUUGGAACCAAGAGCCAUUAAAGGAUGGGGGAGUUGCCCCUGGUGGUGCUUGGUUUUCUCUAGGGUUCAGCGAAACAGGACCAGGAAUGAAGUGGCUUGAUGGCAGCAAAACAAGGAAACUACCUUCAAGAAGUUAUCAAUCUUGUCUGGCCCACCUCAACUACAGAUCCAAAUCUCAGCAAGUCACUGACACUUGGCACGACUGGGCAAAGUUUGUUGUACCACAUCAUGGGGAUGCCCACAUUCCCGGACAAAUCCUAAUGUUCAUCAGGAUGCCCUUCACAAAUGAUGAGGUGAUCCACAAUGGGAUCCGGCUCCAAUCCAAACAAGUGCAUGCUGUUGUGAACCUUUUUGUGGAUCCGCCACGGCCACCAUUUCCCAACUUUGAUACUCCAAUUGUGAAAUGGGGAAAGACAGAGGACACCAACUUCUACAUAAUCCCAUGCAACCGUCUAGUGGCCCCAGCAAUUGUCGUGCCCAAUCUACUAGAACAGCAGCCUCAAGGGAACAUUGCCAAUAUGCAAGGGGAACCUACAAGAAACGCAGAGCCAAAUUGA